ACCAGCAGGAUAAUGCCAUGUGCCACAUUGGUUGGCACUUGCCUUUGGCCAGGGAUUUAAAUUACUAACUGGCUUUACAUCAACAUCGACUGCAUAAAUCUACAGAUACAAUUCAUUUCUGAGAAAGAGAGAUGUUUUAUGAUAAUGUGAUUUUCUUGGGAAAGGAACAUUUCUUUGAUCCAAUGCGGUUAACUUCUCAUCAAAUUCUUCUCCCAGGAUGUCAGAACAGACGACAAAUCCUUCUUCCAGCAACAAUAUGGUUGACAUAGUCUCUUCCAUGUCAACAAUCUGGCAGUUGUAUAACAGACAUGUGCUGAGGUUCCCAAACUGUUGUCAUAUAGAGAGGUUCGCUGUGAUAAAUUAACACAAUAGGAAUAUUAUUCUUAAAAAAUAUGUUUUAGUAUAAAACCCAUAGGUGCCGAACUGGAUUAUGAUGAGCCUUCUUUAGAAUCAACUUUUUUCAAUCCAGGAAACACGAAGCUCAUAUCCCUCAGUGCACUCUUCUACGCAGCCUCUGGGCCUUGGCAUCGCUGAUACUGUUGUCUCCUCCUCUGAAAUACCACUGACAUAACAGCAGUCACCACGCCUUCUAGUGGUGCCAGUUGGACACCGGAAAACGGAACGGCAUGCUUCAAAGGUCAUCCUUCACAACUACCAUGACAAGAGCCCUCCCUUUCCUGUCUGUGCAGCCAACACGGGCUCUUGUUGACGAGAAGGUCCAGGUGGUUGUGAAGAAUUUAACGCAGGGGCUCGCAGUGACACUACAUUCCCUUCAUCAAUCGGAGGACAACGACUACUGGGAGGCCUUUGGACAUUAUAUCAGCGAUGACAGUGGCACGGUGACAGUGUCUAAGGAUGCCAGUGUUGGAGGCACAUAUCAGGGUGUAGAGUCAAUGGGUCUGCUGUGGAGUAUGGUGCCUGUUCCAGGCAGUCGACCAGGCCUCAGGCUAAGGAAGAAGGAUGUCCUCUCUCCCCUAGUGGUGCUCAUGUCUGUGUAUGAAGGUCACCUCUCAGAGGGCUUCAUGAAGCAGCUUCCUCUGUCGACUGUCUGUACAGAGCGUUGGUACACAGCCCCAGGUGUACGCAGGAUCGAUUUAGACGAGAAUAGUGUCAAAGGGACCCUCUUUCUACCUCCAGGUCCUGGACCCUUCCCUGGGGUUUUGGAUAUGUGGGGAGGGGGCGGAGGUCUGGUGGAGUACAGGGCUGCCCUUCUAGCGUCACAUGGAUUUGUUACCCUGGCAUUGCAGUACCUUUCAGCUGAAGGUGCUGGGACCACUAAACUGGAGCAGAGCUACUUUGAGGGCGCAUACAGGAUUGUACAAGAGCAUCCCCUGGUGUUAAAAGACAGGGUUGCACUCCUUGGUUUGUCUUUCGGAACUUCAGUGGCCCUAAAUAUGGCGGUUUACUCCAAAGUCAUCCGUCCCCGGUGCUGUGUGUGUAUCAGUGGCAGCCAUAUCCUACCCAUCAACAAACCCACCCACUUUGUGUUAAAGGAGAUACAAAAGAACAUUAACAAGACACGAUUGGACGAGGAAGGCCGCGUUAUUUGGAAAGAUAUUAUUCUGCCUAUUCCGUCAGAUCCAGACAUGAAAGUUGAUGUGGGGAAGAUCAAAUGCCCAUUGCUCUUAGUUGUCGGUGAGGAUGAUCAGAACUGGCCCACGUGUGAGUCUGCUGAGGAUAUUUCUAUGAUGAUGCAUAAGGCAGGAAAUGAGCACCUGCUGACCCUUCUAUCCUACCCUGGUGCUGGCCACCUCAUCGAGCCUCCCUACACCCCCCACUUCAGAGCCAGCAACUUCAUAGUGCAACAUUCAAAAGAGAAAGUGAUCAUGCUGUGGGGCGGACAACCAAAACCACAUGCCGAUGCACAGGAAGACUCGUGGGAAAAGAUCCUAGCAUUUCUACAGCAACACCUGUACCAUGGCUAUGACUCAGCACCUCAGGCCAAACUGUAAUGUGACAUCCUGUAAACACGAUGACCAGGAAAAUGUAGCUUUAACUAGCUUUUAAAGCAAUCAAGUUUGUAUUUAAUACGUAUUUAAGCAGUUGAAUGAAAUGAUCACCACACAAAGAAUGGGAAGAGAUUGAAUGGGGUUUAUGAAUGGCUUAUGAAUGGUUUUCAAUGGUGUUUUAUAAGAUAUCUAAUAUCUUCUGGGCUAAUUAACUGAACUGCCUUAGUAGUAUUAAUUAUAACAGUUAUUUGAGCAGUGAUUAUUAAGUAUUAUUAUGGUAAAACAUUUGUAAUAAACUAAGAGAUGACUUGUUUAAUUUUA